AAUUUUACAUUUAUUCAUUUUUGUUACAUUUAUUCAUGAUUGUUUUUGGUCAUAUGCACGACAGAGAAAACAAACAAGCUGACUGCUGUGUGCGAUUUGAGUGGAGUUAGUCAAAGGCAUGAGGAGUAAAGUUUCUCAUUUAAUAUUCCUGCAGCCAACUGAGCUCCAUGCUGCAGAGUGACCGCCGCUCCCUCAUGCAUCAAUAAUACAAGAGGAAGUUAUUGUUCCGCUGCAGGCGACAGCAACACAGAAGUAAAAGGCUUGUGGGGAGGCUGUGCUGCGCCUUUCACUCAACCCACUCAGGUUUCAGGUGCUGUAGACAGGCCUCGGACAAGAGAGAGAUGAUUUGAAACAUCAGUGAAGGGCCUGAUUGUGUGCCGACGCUGGCUUAGGGACACUUUUGUUUUAUGACAGCUGUAGGCGACUUGCUGGCUGCCACAUAGGGAAAACAAUACCCAUAAGGACAAGGUUACCGUUUUAUAUCAGUUUUGGCACAGUUGAAAAUGACCUCAUGAGAUGUCAGAUUGAGGAAUAAAAAUGGGCUCAUAGUGAUUCAGGAUAAUGGAGAUAUAAUUAAUGUGAAGUUUUAUAAUCAAUUAACACUGCUUUUGUCAUUUUUUACAAGAUGGACAAAAUUUGUCACCAAAAAAGUCAUUCGAUUUAGCCAAAAUUUUGGUUUUACCAAAUGACACUUUUGGUUAUACCGAAUGAUGAUAUUUUCAAACAAUGCUAACAGGCUGCUAUCUAGCUAUCUAGCUAGGAAAAGGACAAUCAAAAAUUUUAUAUUUAGUACAAGUUUUUAAAAUAUUACAACAUUUUCCAUGUUUUAUAACGGUUGUACCGAAUGACCUGAUAUGAGCAAGUGAAAACAUGCAUUUUUCAGAUAGUUAGGAGAGAGUUAGUUACUUUGCUUCACGACCAUGUGGUCCUUUGCAGGUGUCUGAAUGAUGUCACAUCCUGUCACAUGAUACUGACCGCAUGACUUGAUCCAAAAUGGUCCCUUUAUAUUGGUUACUCAGAAUGACAUCAAUGAAAUUCAUUUUUCCAGACAUUUUUUCUCAUAACAAAGCAAUGACUUCUACACAUCAUUUUAAUACCAUUUUGCACUAUGUUGAUAUAUGAUGUUAUAAAAUCAUGCCAGAAUAAAAAAUAUAUACAUUUAUUACAUUUUAAGAUAUUUGAAUCACAAAUCAAAUGGCUGUAUUGGCCUUUGGAUGGAAUGAAUGACCUUUUGACACUUCAAAAUCUUUAAAAUACCUUUAUAAGUAGCAAAAUAUAAUCGAAACCUUUUGGAUUCAGUAUAAGAGAUCUAGUUGUACUCUUUGUUUUUUAUUAUUAUUAAGGCCUUUGGACAAAAAAAUGAGCCAUCACGUCAUUGAUCCACAUACAGAAAAUAAAAGCUAAUUCAAAAUAUGAACUGACACUAUAACAGUAAUAAAUAAUACUAAAAUAACACUGGCAAUAUGUGUCAUUAUCACCAUAAAGAAUGAGUGAUAUACAUUUUUUGGAACAUUUCCAUCAAAAUAACUAUUCUUCAAUUGAUUUUUUGUUAUGCAGCAGAUGUGCAUUAUCUAUUGUAUGUCUACUGUGCCCUGUUUUAGCCUCAGUCGCAGUAAUGACCUACCUUUGUAACUCCUUUAAUCUUAAUUACUAUGAAAUUGCCUUGUGAUACAAGAGUAUACCAUCUCAAAGUUCCUUGGCCUUUCUCUUUUCUCAUAUUACAUCCCUGAGCCUCUGGCCUCUCACUCCAGCACACAGUCAGCUGGCACAUGAUGGAACGAUGUCGCUGAAACAUGAAGCUUUAGCUUUUGAGGAUCCAAUUGAAUCUCAAAGACUGGGAGGGGGAGCGUAUCAAAAAGUGACAAAUGCUGAGAGAGAGAGAGAGACGGAGAAAUAAUUUGCUCACACUUGCAAUCCUAGACACAUCCAAUCUAUUUCCACAGAUACGGACGGGAUUAAACAGACACAACUGCUUAUAUCUCCUAAAGGAACAUAAAUGCAGUCUUACAAGGACAACAAAAUGACUUUGUCAAUGCUACCUUGAGGCAAUGAAACUCAGGAUGGGCAAGCUGGGAAUUGUUGUCAUUUUGCUUUUUCUGGAACAAGUAUCAGCCACUGCUGGAGCAAGCAAAAAAGAGGACCAAAAGGAGGCAAUUUUGAAAGAGCUUGUUGAGAUAUGGAGGAAGGGUGGAGGAUGGAAUCCACACAGAGUACAGCCACCAGCAGAACGACAAAAGGAUCAACAAAUUCAUUCCGUAGUGAGGAGCAUUAUGGGAGGUCUCAAGUCUCUGGGUGUCCUGCCAAGGAAAAGCAAGAGUCUCCCAUCUUUAAACAAAGCAUUCGAUCGAAACAGGCUGUCGGGAUUCCUUUAUAACAUCUCUAUGUACCUGCAAGAGAUGAGUGCAGAGUUAGAUGAUCGCCAGCAACCUUUUAGCGAUGAACAGUUUUGGGGGAACCUGCUUUAUUCUCUUCUUCAGACCGGAAGGGAAACGUCACUUGGAAUAUGGGACGGGAAAAGUCCCCCGCGACCCACUUUCAGGCUUCAGGAUCUGUUUCUGUCGCUCAGGGGCAGCCCACAUUGGGAUGGACUUCUUGGGUUGGUACAAAGCAUUUUGACCCUCACUGAACGCCAGCCUCAAAAACCCAUCUUGACAUUUGUUUCUCAGAAUUGGAAGACCAUCAGCGCUUUGCUUGAAACUGUUCUUCAAGCUGUGGUCAGUGGGACGUACGGCCAGGCCGUCGCAGGUCUCCAGGGUUUCAUCUGUGUCCUGAAAGGACGAAAUGAUUGUGCCUUCAACCUGAGCUGGCUUGACCAGCUCAUCAGCUUCAUGGAGACCAGGAACUGGAAACCUGUGGUCAGUCUACACCCUGUGAGUGUGGAAAACAAUCAAAGAGAUGUCACGCUGUCUACAGGACGUUUUAAACCCUUCCUCGUGCCACCUGAGGUGCUUCAUGAGGAGCAGCUCUUGCUGAACAAAUCGGGCAUUGAUUCAGAGAGCCUUGCUUCUAUGCAGGCACUGCUUCUUCAGGCUUUGUCAAGGUCAAACGCAGGAGAAAGGGCAGUACAGUUCGCAAAGCGUAAUCCCGCCCUCCUGCAGGGAUUGGAUAACCUUAGACAUGGAUUUCUGCACAAUGUUGGCCGCAGUGUGUAUAGUAAUCUGAGAAGAAAAGUGUCCCAUAUGACCAAGGCUCUGCUGGAUGAUGUGAGCAGCAUGGUGGACGAAUCACAGUACAGUCAUCAUGGAAGAUGUUCUGGGAAUUAG